CCAGUUCUAGAUUUGUUCAGCAGUUGCAGCACAAGCACCAAGUUCUCAACCGUCGAUAUUCGUUUCCUCCAUUCCCACAACAAUUGCUGGAACGAUAGAGCAAGGCGCCAAGCCUGGCUGUUCUGCAAUUGUGGUAGCUGCAUGCUCCCCGCGGGACACCGUGAAACAUCCAUCUCGAGCUCCCCAAGUCGCCGCUGAAUAGCCAUAUUGAACACUCAAUUCUUCUGACGACUGCGACUGGCCAAUUGGAAGCUUACAACUCAUCAGACCCGACCAGCUUCUGGCCAGGCAGUAAGCUGCAAUGGCGCCGUCGUUUCUCAGCUUUAAGGAGCUGCGGAGACGGUCGCGAGCGAGCUUCAGGACGGAUCGAUCGACCGAGAACACGGAUACCUCGAGCAACGAUGACAACCAGAACACUGAGAACACCACCCCCACGACAGGGUCCAUCACGCCGCCGUCCAUCACGCCGCCGUCGAUUGCAGCCCUGUCCGACCCUGCCCACAGCUUUCAAACGAAGGAUCCUUCGCAGCUUAGUCUGCCCCUCGUGCCCCCGAGACCACCUCUGCAGACUACAACCAACACCAACAGAUUUAGUGUCUCUGGCAUGACUGGAUUGGGAUCUCCGACGGUCGUUGGCAGAACUAAGUCGCUUCCCGUGUCGCAAUACGCUCCGCGCAUAUCGAAUAUUGUCGAAAACAGCUGGGUAUGGUUCAUAACUCCUUGCUUCCAGUCUACAGGUGUCGGGUGGAGGUGUAGUGGUCACUGGCGCUCUGGGAAUCUGGGACAAACCAUGUCAACCAAUGCGCGGUGAAACUUAACUGUGUGGUGCUAACGGCUUUACAGGUUUCCCAGAAGAUCAUCCUGGUCAAUGGCACUAUUGGUGAAGUUUCCCAGAGCU